CGAUGAUAAAACGCGCAAAAGUUGUCCGCUUCUGACCCGCCAAUAACAGUCGGCACUCGUCGUCGUUGUCGUCGUGUACUACUCGCCAGUCCGCGGUGCGUUCACGUAUACACGUCGACAUAACCGCUCGCGCGUGUACCUAUUGCGUCUCUUUUUUUUUUUAAAUAUAUAUAUUUGUUGACACAUUCACGGCGUACAGAAAAACGGCCGAAAAUAAUUUUGCGCACGCGCACCACACGGUCCUAGCUGUGGCGGCUACAUGACGGCGGCGACGGCGGCACGCCGGGCACUCUACGGGACGGCUGCAGCUGGUGGCCGGAAUCCGGCGACCGUCUGAGCCACGUAGCAGAACCGGGAGACGAGCCACCGACCGCCAGGGGACGACAUUGGACAACGGUGGAACGAGGGGACCCUACGAGACGACGCGGCCAAACGGCACCAACUGCACAGCAUCAGUAAAUAAAUAUUAAUACUGUAAGUCGCCGCAAUAUUGUUUCUAUACGUUUAUUUACUGUGUAUCGACACACGCUGUAUGAUGUUCCGACAGGUGUGCUUCCUAUUCAGCUGCAGCUCCGAUGCAGACUGUGGCCGCGAAAACCGCCAAGUCCGUAAACGGACAGGACGACGAGAACAGCGACACACAGCUGGAAAACAUGUUGCUGUUCUUCAACUUGAGCAUACGCAAACUCGCGUUCGUCGGCGUGUCGUUCCCGCUGAUCACUUUGAUGACGUGCCUGGUGACGGCGUACAUAUUCCAAUACGACGACGUGCACGAGACGCACUGUAAGGUAAGCGGCGCCGUCUCUGUACGACGAUGCACGUUGCUAUGUCUGUUGUUACGGAUAGUAUAGGUACUCGAGCAGUGUUUGAAUGGAGAGCGUCGGAAAUGACGUACAAUCGUCAAUACAGACGCGUUAAUCCACGGACAUUUCCCGUACCGCUAAUGAUAAUAAUAAUACAAGAUGUUAAUAGUAUAACGUUACGUAUACCCAGUUAGUUAUAGAAAAGAUAUUUUCAAAAAAUCUAUUAUCUUAAUAACCCACCCUCCGGUCCACGGUUGAAUCGAACACCGCCAAAGUACUCCAAAUAAUAAGCCGCACGUUUGAACGCGACGGUUUAUCCGUUCGACUCGGUUCACAAACCGUGCGUGCGUGAUGUACCCGCAAACACCGAGGGAUAUGAGAUUCGGGGUCGUCGAAAACCGUUUGUAUUCAUAUUAUACCGUGUAGGCGAAACGGUUUGGCGCGUGCAUAGACUUGCCGUUUUCGUCCUCCUUCGUUGACAUUUUUGUUUGUUUUUCAAUGCAAUAUUAUUAUCUGUAUGAUAAUAGGUGUACAACGUAAUACCGUCAAUUAGCGCCAUCACCGGCGUUACACCGCAGACGUACAUGUGGCGGAUAGCCGUCGCUUUUCACGUCGGUCCUCGCAUGGUCAUCGCCAACGUGUACUACAACUACUUUAUCAGUGAAAUGUCAAAAUCCGACAGUUCGACAAAGUCUCUGUUCGUCAAUCUCUGCUACUGGCUCAACAUAAUCGAAGUAUCCGCAAUUUGUGGCGUUACCUACAUAUCCAACAGAGAAAACUAUCGUACGUACAUAUUUAUCAUCAUUCACAUAUCGUUCAUAUAAAUAACAAUAAAUUAUAAUCAUUAUUUCCACUACGAUCACAAUAUAUCUAUAAUACUUAUUGUAAUAACCUGAUAGGGCCCGAAUUUAUAUGUCUUAAAAAACUAAAUGCCGUCUGCCCGUUAAAAAAAAUAGAAUUACCCAAAGUAAAAUAACACCGAAAUGCAAUAAAAUAAUAAAGUUUCACUUUUGAAGUAUCCAUAUGAAUCCAAUGAUUGUGUACUAGGGAAUGCAUACUGUCUUGCAAUAGAGUACCGUCGUAACGAGCACCCUAAGUAGCAUAAAAAGGCCAAACAAAUAAUAUAUUUUAUGUAUAUAGAACAAUUAAUCGACAAAUCGGGUACGGAUUACAAAACUAUAAAACUAGCUAUAAAACUUUUAUUAAUAUUAUUAUUAGAUAAUGAAAAUACAAUUUUCCGAGAGUAGAUACUACUCGUAUCAUGACUAUUGUGAAUAAUCUAUCUAAUUUUACGUAAAAAAAAAAAAAAACUCUUAUAAUGUUACACAGUAUGAAUACACACGCUAAAAAUUAACAAAUUCACCUAAAAAUGAUAAAAUAAUGCGAGAUAAACGUUGCAAUGAUUGACAAUCGAAUUAUCUACAAUUUACAUACUUGCAUGGAGUUGAAUUGUCGUAUUACGUCGUAUUGUCGCGUGUUAUAAAUUUAUAAAAAAUAAAAACAAAAUAACAUUUUGCAUUUAAAUCCGGGCUCUAUUAAUAACGCACACAUUCAAUACCUGUUGAAAACAGCGAUUUAAUAAAACGGCACGUAUAUCUUUUUUAUUAUGUGUAUUGUAGCCGUGCACGAGAAGAUUUUCGUUUUGUUCAUGCUCAGCUCCUUAUUGUACAUGAUCGUCAUGAUCAAGACGUUCAAUAUGGCACACAAAACAAUGACCGACCGACAGCGUCUGUCGUAUACAAUCAAGAAAAUACUUUUCGCCAUUUGUAUCACGUCUACGUUUACGUUGAUAAUUUUCUUCAUCAAACAUCGGUUUUACUGCCACGAUUUAGGUACGUACCUACUUAAGUAUACGUAUUAUCCAUUAAACCGGUAGCGAAUCGAAAUGCUGGGGGUUAUGGGGGAAAAUUACCUAAUAUGGAAUAGUCAUGGUAGGGGAGGGCGGGGGAGACGAACAGAAUAUUGUUCCCCUUGAAAAAAAUAAUUUUAACUAAUUAUUUUAACAAUUCGAAAUUCACAAACAUUCAUUUGGCGUAUAUUUUGGGAAUUAUUUUCAUCUGGCCCCUUCCCUAAAAUUCCACCUAUUGGUACCUAUUGGAGUAAGUGUACCGAUAAAAUACACAUUUUAGGAUAAAUUUCAAAUUGUUAACACUGCUUGUGUACGCAUGUUCAAUAAAACAUACUUUUCUUAAAUAGCAGUAGAAUUGUAUUACUUAAAAUCACAUAAAAAAAAAGUUUUCAACUGUUCUAAUCCCGUGUUAAAAAUAUAGGAAUUUUUAUGAAAGCGAAUUGCAUUAUGCGCCGAAAGGGUUAUAGUUAUAGAAUUUAUCCCGAAAUAGUAAAAUGUGUAUAACAGUAUUCCUUCCUAUCGCCUUCCGAAAAUCAAUAGUUGAAAAUACCCGGUUAUCUGGUCAAAUUUUUUUUAACGAUCACCGGGAAAAAUGAAUAAUUCGAUAGUGUUGGUUUUUUUAUUUUUUUUUUUUAGCGUUUACCUGGUUUGCGCUUAGCGAAUACGUCCUGGCAGUGUCAAACAUGGCGUUUCACUUUACCAUAACACUGGACUUCCCGCACGAACAGUUGAUUGUCGCCAAACACUUCCCAACACUGAAAACCGACUGAUGAAUUAAUAAUGAUAAUACUAUUAUGUUCUCGAAAGACACAAAUGCAUCUAACUCUUCCAUAUAAUAUACACCGUCUAAUAUUUAUUUAAAUUUGUAAGUAUACACACAGGGUGAUUCAUUUCUUAUGUACCAGCGAUUUUCUCGGAGAAUUUUAAGUGAAACCGUUUUUUUUUUUCAAUCAUUAUUGAAUUGUGCACGAUUUAUGCAUUGUUUUAACAUUACCUAUUUCCAAUAUAUCCUUAUAUUCCUAGCAUAUCCUUAUAUCCUAGGAUAAUGAAUGUUAUUCCAAAAAUGUUGUGUAUAAUGUACCGUUUAAAGUUUAGACCGGAGGAGUACGGAUGGCGGUUAUCGAUUUAUCGUCUAAAAAUGGAUACCUAAUAUAUUACGAAGCGUAUCACCCUUUACUAAUCUCCCGUUCUGAAACGAUUCCAUAAUAAUUUAAAAAAUCUAAAAGAAAUUCGCACGAAAUCCUCCGAGAAAAUUGCUGGUUCACGAUGCGUUCAUGGAUCGCUCUGUAUUAUUAUUAUCGUAUGAUAACCGACCCGUAACAACUCUUAUAGGUCAACCGCUCAUCGUGUGCAAUAUUAUACUUGUAAUGUUUAUUACAUUAUUGAUUUAUUAUUGUUUUAUCCUCGUCCACGAUCUUCUUCGGUCCGAACAUUUUCUGAAUGAACCGUUUUUUUUCUUUCUUAAUAUACGCCCGUAAAUAAAUUUUAUUUAUUUUAUUCGUAUUUUUUUUUUUUUUUUUACUCAAGUUCGUAAGUCGAAAACGCUCGUUUUUCUUCGUUUUGUAUUUUUGCGGUGACCGUUGUAGUCGGUCUAUUAUGUAUAGCCGUAUAGAUACCUACCUAAGCAGCUGCUGUAUGCGUAAUAUUAUUCGUAUCGCAUCGUAUCGUACGUCGAUCCCGAUAUUAUUAGAAUAUUUGCCGAGUUACCUAAUAAUAAUAAUAUUCUAUUGUGCGCAUUUUUUUUUUUUUUCGUUAAUGUCAUUAUUUUCAUUCGUCGUUUUUGUGUACGAAUACCUACCGAGUCCGGAAUGCACAUAACGCGUUCAGUAUUCUGAUUUUUCAUGUCCAACCGAACCAUUAGAUCAGUAGGUAGAUAUAUAUUAGGUGGAUAAUAUACUUCGGCGUUUUCGAAAUAAUACAUAUACUUAUACGUAAACGAUACGCCAAAAUCGCAAUCUCGGUCAUUGCACGUGAAAUAUAGAUAUUUUUAGGUCAUAGGUGUACAUGUUAUGUAUAUUUUGCGAGUUAAAGACCAAAGAAAAAAAAAAAAACUCGUCUAUUAUAUUUUAUUAAUUUUGACAUUACGGCUACUUUUUUUCUUUACACCGUAACCAAUAUAAUAUAAUAUAUAGCCAGUGCUUGACUUCAUAUAAAUACAUAUUAGGAGUAUACAAUUUGAAGUACUUAUUACGUCUAAUAUGAUUACUACUAGCCUCAAAAAUCAGCAAAUAAUAACAAAAACAGAGAUUCAUUAGUGGUACCUUUAGGAAUAUUUUUGUUGUCAGUUGAAUUUCUGAGAAAUUUUUAUUAUAAAUAUUGUCUAAUAACACGGAACUUAUUAUUUUUCACCUUAUAUUUUACGUACUAACAUCUGAUGAAAUACGGGCUCUUGAUUUCGGUACUUAGUUAAAUUUUAAGGCACCAAUUACAGAAUGUCAGGAGGUUCCCAGACAUCCCCUGUGCGCACGCCUAUACUUUUUUAGAUACUGCCCAACCCUGUCUAUAAUAAUAUACAAAAUAAUGUUUAUACAAUAACCUUCUCCUACUGUUUUUUGUAUUCGGAUACAUUUUAGAAUUUUUACCCAUUUUCAUUAAUCAUUAUUUGAACACCGGUAAAAAUAAUAGCAUAUACCAUCCUGUAUAUGUGUUUGACUUGAAAAAAUAAGUAUAGAGAAAAAGUUGUACUUCUACUUAAAUAUAUGAAAUUUUUUUUUUUUGGCAUACUCGAUUCCUCUCCUCAAGUCAAGUACUGGAAGUAUAUAGUACCUAAAUAUAGUAUAAUAAUAGAUAUACAUAUCAAAGGUAAAUCGUUGCUAUUGGAAAAUAAUUAUGUUCGUCAAAGAUUUGAUUUAUUGUAUGUAGGCUUAUAAUACAUACGUAUAGCAGCUUAAAUAUUCUAUUUGUUUAUAUAGGUACCUGCCAGAGUUCUACGUGCCUUAUAUUUUAAGCUUAAACUCAAUGGUUUUGUAUAGUAAAAUUAAUUAUUGUUCGGCCCGGUCCAUCCAAACAACACGAAGUAACUGAGCCUGGCCGGCCCAAACUAUUGAAUUCGUGGUUAUAGGUCCGUGGACGGCUAUAGUAUACUUACCUAUAAACCUAACGUGGUCAAUCGAAAUUCCUUUAUAAAGACGUUAUCGUAUAAAUGUAUAAUGUAUAAUGUUUUAUUCGUUAUUUUUGAAAAUUUUAACAUUUACCAAAAAGAAAGAGAGACAUCGUUUUUUUUUUAUCUUCCACCGCUGUCACUGAUGCUAAAAAUUACGAUACUCGUUUGCUUCCACAAAUAUAAUAAAUUAACGGGGACAGUAUUGAAUAUUUAUAGAGUUGAAAUUAUUAUUUUUUAUGAUAUAUAGUUAUUUCCGAUGUUGAUAUAUUACUAUAUAUUAUAUUGUUGAUAUUCUUCCGGUGAAACUGUAUUGGCUUGCCUAUAAAUAUAUUAUUAUAGACACUUACUCCAUUGCUUCCAGAACUGAACUUACCAAAUUUUCUGAUUUUCCACUUAUACGUUUAUAAAAUGUUAAAUCGUCGUUACCUAUAAUAUUCUAAUAUUGUACUAACGUAAUUUGUAUACCUAGUCAUAGAAUUUCCACAAUUUCUAGUCAAUCGGUUAGUUUCGUACCUAUGUAAUAACUGAUUAUGUAUAAGCGAUCUAAUAGCCCGUAAGAGGUAUAGGUAUCCUAUAAUUCCCUAAAAAUGUAUUACGUAUUAUACGUAUUUGUGUACUAUAAUAAUAAUUAUUUUGUUUCUAGUCCUAAUAUUUGAUUAAUGUUUUAUUGUUUUAAAGUUUUCGUUUUGUUAUUUUGAAUUUUAAUAAAUAUUGUAUUAACAUAAAAAUAAUGAUAAUAUAUAUAUAUAUAUAUAUUAUGUAUAUUAUAUUACUAGGGUAAUUAUUAUUAAAAUAUAUAAGCAUGAAGAGUUUGUUUGUUAAAAAUUAUUGCACAGUUUUUUUUUUUUAUUGUGGAAAUGAAUAUAUACAAGUAAAAAUUUAUAAAAUGUAUCCACAACAUUGAUAAAAAUAUUAUUAUUAUAUUUGAAUGAACUGCAUUAUCGAUGAGUUUUAUUACCAUUUAUUAAACGGUAUAUAUAAUAUAUUAAAAAAGUAUCAAAAAAAGUUUUUUGUUUUUCCUACACCUGAAAAGUUUAUUUAUUAUAUAUCUACAAAUAUAUAGUUAUGAUAAUAAGUUACUUAGGAUUUACGACUAUACUUACCUAAUAAUUUUAUAACGAAAUGCGUACAGCGUACUUACAUUAUACAUAUACAUAUUACAUAUUAUGUCGUAGGCAGUGACGUAGCCAGAGGGGCAGAGGGGCCAUGCCUUCCCUCAUCAGAUGUAUUUAUUUUAUUGAUUUUAUAUCAGUACAUCUAUAGUAAAGAUAGCCUUAAUAGCCUUUUUAAAGGCUAUUAAGGCCCAAUUCCGCAACAUAUACCUUUUUCUACCUCUAACAUGUGCCAAUGUUUCUCCAUCCUGAAUUCCGAUUUCCCUUAAGCUCUUUUCAACUUUGUCCAUUCAUCUUUGUUUCGAUCUGCCCAGUGGUCUUUUUCCUUUGGGCUUCCACUUUAGAACUGCUCUCAUCAGACUAUCAAAUCGCCACAAGUGGCCAGCCCAUGCGACUCAUCUCUAGCGCAGUACUUCUCAAAACUUCUUACCACGAAACGUUGAGUUGUAAUGUUAUUUGUUGGGCCGUAUAUUUUUCGUAAUAUCUUUCUUUCAAAGAUUGCUAUAUUUCCUUCAUCGUCUUUGAUUGUUGGCCACGUCUCGCACCCGUAUAGAAUAACUGAUCUAUCAGGGCCCUAUUUACGCAAGGACAUUGUGAGUAUUUGUCCGGGGUUCAUGCGGAUCAGGGGCCCACCUACUGGAUUUAAUUAUUCUUUUAAUUUUAAUUAAUCCUUAAAAUUGAAGAAUACCAAAAAAAGUUUACACAGUCGAAAAUACUUGUAAAAAUAUAAAUUAUUUUUUCAGUUUCAUACAAAAUAUAUGGGUACGGGAUAAGAAAUAUUUGUAUUAAAUCGAUUAAAAAUAGGCCAACUUUUUCUUUUUGUCCCGGACCUGAAAAAUUUUAAAUCAGGCUCUGGGUCUAAUAAUUGAUUACCUAGUAUAAUAUGAUUUUUUAAUUGAGUGACACCUGUUUUGAUUUAAAGACAUUUGCUAAACUGUAGGUAAUAGCACUUGUUUGCUGCAGCUGUCCUUAUUUUAAUUUCUUCGUGGUUAUCAUUUGUACUAAUAAUUGUAACGCUUAGAUAUU